UUAUGUUAUCGGUCUCUCGUCUUGCUAGUAUUAAAAACAUAUUCCUAUAGAUUGAAAAACAUUUCAUUAUUUUGCUUUAAACAUGAGUGUGGAUUACAUUAAAAGUUAUAACGAUCUAGAGCAAGAGCUGGAAAGUGCAAGGAUAACGUUAAUAGCUUUAAAUGACAGCAUAAGACGUUUUGCUGGUCGUUCUCCAAAAUUAUCCAGGCAUGAAAAUAAAUCUUUAUAUGAAGCAAAAAGAAGUGAUGAUAGACAGUGCCAAAAAUCCUAUCCAGAAGCAACAAUAAAGAAAAGAAAUUACGAAUCAAAGUCCGUUUUCAAUAGGCUAUCAUCGCCAACAUUACGAUGUAACGAGGAGGACUUAAAACCUAAACUUACUUCGCGCGUAAUUCGGGAACUACCAUCUCGUCAGGAAAUUGUUGCCGCACAGGGUACUGACUCGGAAUCGAGGGCGCGAAAUCGGCGUAUUUUCGGCUCGUUGUUGGGCACUUUGCAUAAGUUCUGCCAGGAGGAAUCCCGCCUAAAACAGAAAGAGGAAAAAAAGGCAAAAAUUGAGAAAAAACUUGAAGAGCAACAGAUUUUGGAACGAGAAUCUCUUAAGAAGGAAAGAGCAUUAUUAUUUCUUGACCGCAAGCGCAAACAGAUGGACAUAAAGAAACUAGAGUUAAAAAUGAGCCGCUUAAAAGAUUUCGAAACAUGGAAAACGUCCACAAAGUAUUUAAGAUCUUACAUUAAAACGAAAUCUUUUCCUCCCAUACAUUAUCGGCCAAAAGUUAUGUCAAAAAAAACCGAGAAACUAUUAUCUGAAAGCCAGAAUAAUUUGACAGAACUUCUAAAUCAAAAAAAUGAAGUGCUCAAAAAAGAUUUAUCCCUUAUAGAGGAGAGUUUCCGCAUUAAUGAAUUCGAAGACGACGAAUAUAGUGAUCGAUUUUCUCAUAAUGUGUCUAGAAAUUUCAUGGAUGAGGAGAAUGUGGAUGACGAUGAGCAUUGUUCAAAUUCAGUGGUUUCUGCAGUUAGUUUUAUCAAAGGUGAUGCCGAUUGUAAAGAAAAUAAGCGAAAUUCAAGUGAAACCACUUUAAGUAGCAGCGUAGUUGUCGUUAAGCACAUAUCUUCAAAUACCGACUUACAAUGAUGUUAAAAACCUGGAUUAAAUUUAAAGAAAUAUAUAUAUAUUGCAAAUAAU